AUGGCGAUGAUUGGCUUUAUCAAUAUUCCACAAACGGCGGCUCUGAUUACAAAUUGGGGCGAUCUCGAGAAGACCGUCGAUAUCAUGCUGAAAGCCGAACUGCCCGUUGCCACUUCGUUUCUCAAAUUUGAACAUUGUGCUGGGAAUUUUGGGAUCAUCAGAUUCUCUCGUUUCGAAGGUCUGCGACCGAUUCUGGCCUCGGUGGUCGAAGAUUGGACCACUUCUAGAAGUGCUACCGAGAAGAAGGUGAUGCUGAAAAACGCGAUAAUCGCCAGGAAAUUGUCUAUUCGCACUUUCGUAUUACUCAUUACCACGGUGAUUUUUUACUUCUCCCUUCACUCGUUCUUGGAGGCGCGUCGAAGACUUGGCCACGAAUCGAGCUUUCCUCAGCGUCUUCCGUUUCAUUCCGGAUAUCCUUUCGACGAGAAGAAGAGUCCGAACUACGAGCUCGCUUUUCUCUCACAGCUGAUCGGCAUCAUUUAUGCCGUUUUCGCGCAUUUGAGCGUCGACAAUUUCGUCGCCAUUUUGGUACUCCAUCUUUGCGCCCAGCUCUCGAGUCUGCGACUCUCCCUGAAGAAACUGUUUAUGAAAGACGAAGAGAAAGAUUCAGGGUCUGAAAAAUUCCGGGAAGGCCUGCGAACUUUCGUCCUGAGACACGAACACUUAAAUAGGUCCGUGCUCCGAAAUAUGAAAUUUUUUGAAUAAUUUCAAAAUGGCCAUUUCUCUUCAAGGUUCGCCGGCACGAUCGAAGACAUAUUCAACAAGACUUUCGUCGUGCAGAUUCUCGUCUGUUCUCUUGAGGUCUGCUUUCAAGCUUUCCAGUUCCUUGUGAAUCUCGCGAGUGGACACACGGAGUCCAUCGUCACCCAGUCAAUAUUUCUGGCAAUUUACACCUCUUCGGUUUUGCUUAACUUCUUCGCGUAUUGCUACGUGGGCGAGAUGCUCAACGCGGAGAGCAUAGGACUACGUGACUCCCUUUACGAGAGCGAUUGGUACAAUUUGUCGCCGAAGGAUGCAAAACUUCUGAUCCUUGUAAUGAUGCGCGCAAGCACGCCCCUCGAAUUCACGGCAGGGAAAUUCCAAGCAUUUUCCCUGGAGUUAUUCUGCAAAAUCCUGAAGAGUUCCAUGGGUUACCUGUCGAUGCUGAUCGCCGUGAGGGAACGUCUCGUCGAAUCGUGAUUCCUCUUCAUGACUUCAAUUAUUUCCCAUAAAUACCCGGAAGAAAUUUAAUUGAUACGUAUCUAAUUUAAAGUAGGACUUAAUUGAAAUCGGAUCCAAAUAGAUGGUAU